CGCCGAUCAAUCGCAAGCGACCAGCACGUGAACCCGACGAGUCAUUCGCUUGACCUGAUUUAGCCAUGUUGGCUCCUAAGCAGUAUUCUGCACCUACAAAUGUAUCUGCGUCCCAACAACCGAGCGCAUACCACCCCAAUUCGUCCCAAAGACCCGCAACGGCCACAAGAGCGCAGGAUGGGAUGGGGUUUGCCAGCCCAACGAAGUCGGAGCUCUCGGAGGGGCAGGAUGAGCUUACAUCGGUCCGCGCCUGGGAUGAGAGACGAGUGGUCGCCUGGCUUCACAGCAUCAAAUGUGGGCAAUAUGAGUCGAUAUUCAAAGCCAACAAUUUCAAUGGGGACAAUUUACUUGAAUGCGACCAAAAGAUCCUGCAAGAGAUGGGCAUCAAGAAAGUUGGCGACCGAGUGCGUAUCUUCAUCGCUAUCAAGCAACUCAGAAACAAAUCCGGAACAACGUCACGACAGAAAAACAUGAAUACCUUAGCUGCGCUCGAAGCCACAGCACUUUCAAAUUCCUCCCGCCAUACUCAUUCCCGCCUACCAUACCGACGCACAUCUCAGCUGGCUGAUGAUGGUGGUUAUCUGAACAGCAAAUCUCUGUCUCAGCCUACGUCGCCACCAGCCGGUGAUUCCGAAAGAGGUCCAUGGCGCAAGGACUACCUUAAUCAUCCAUCUUCAGGUGGCUCAAGUUCUGGCCGAAAUCCUGGUACUCCGAACGAAGGUCGACCGAGCUCCCAUCCUCGAAAUCCUAGUCUUGAUGGUCUCACGAUGGGGCCUCUCCCGUCAAACUCCCCAGUCAUCCGUGUUAUCCACACCGGUGGACAAACCAAGGUGUUGGAUAUCCGGAACUGCAGAACAACGGAUGAAGUUAUUUUGUGUGUCUUGAAGAAACUGCAGCUUCCUGAACACCAAUACAGAAACUAUUGCUUUUAUGUUUUGGACGGAUUGGACCCAGAACAAUCAAAUUGCCGGAAGCUCACCGAAUCGGAGCUCAUGGAGAUCUGCGAUGGCUUCAACAAGUCCGAGCGAGGUCGCUUGAUCCUACGGAAGAUUCAUGCUGGGGAGCCCGAUGAAGACGAGCUUCGUCGUGCAUCUCAGCUUGCAUAUGAUGAAAGCCAGGCCACCCACCAGCACGCUCUGAGUAAUUCCAACCAACGCCAGAAACACAAGAUCCAGCAACUUACCGGCGAAUCUUGGCAUAAUAUUAAACAGCCGCUUUCUCCGCUUGGCCCUAGACAUCGCCCAUCCAACUCUAGUGUUGACGAAUCGCAAGGACCGAACAGUGAACGCAAUCCUGUGGCUAAACUCCGUUCGUUCUUCGGACAGAGACCUCCAAGUGAGAUGAUUAUUCAUGAACUACAAUCAUUCUUCCCCAGUCAUGACCGGGAAAACAUCGAGAAGACCAUGCGCAGAUCUCAGCGUUUGAGUCGUGCCGCAAGUCGUAUGAGUGUCGUGAGUAACUACAGCGUUGCAUCAAGUAUGAAAGAUGCCCCUCCUCUACCGCCAUUGCCCCAUUUACCUCCAAUUCCCAGCAUUGCCGAUGCAUGGCUCCAUGGCCCUGGGGUGGCGCAGGCAGUACGAGCCCCCCGACCCAUCUCAGUUUCCAAGUUCAACCUACCUCAAGCCUCGUAUCGGGAUUCUAUUGCAUCUAGUUCCCUUCAGCCACUUCAGGAAGAGUCACCCACUGAGCCUAACCGAAAGUCAUAUGUCUCCUUUGAGAGUGGUUCUGACGAACCAAACCUAUUGCGCGAGUCGCGACAGAGCUUUGAGAGUCUUAGUGUCGCGGCCACAGAUGGUGGUUCCUUUAACGAUCGGAUGAGCAUGAUUGUAGCCGAGGAUGGCGAAGAAGAGGAUGACGGCCUUGUAGACUUCCUGGCUGGGAAUAACUUUGCACCAAAGAACUGGAUGAAGGGAUCACUGAUCGGAGAGGGUUCUUUCGGAAGCGUUUACCUGGCUCUUCAUGCUAUUACUGGAGAGCUUAUGGCUGUCAAGCAAGUUGAAAUCCCAUCUGCUACCAAGGGAACAGAGUUCGACCAGCGGAAGAACCUCAUGGUCAAUGCUCUUAAGCACGAGAUCGAACUGCUGCAAGGCAUGUCCCACCCGAACAUUGUGCAAUAUCUUGGCACCGUCGCCGAUGACCAAUAUCUCAACAUUUUCCUGGAGUAUGUGCCUGGUGGAUCUAUUGCUACAAUGCUGAAGCAAUACAACACCUUCCAAGAACCGCUUGUCAAGAACUUCGUUCGACAAAUUUUGGCGGGUCUAUCAUACCUCCACGGCCGGGAUAUUAUCCACCGUGAUAUCAAGGGUGCCAACAUUCUAGUUGACAACAAGGGUGGUGUUAAGAUCUCUGAUUUUGGUAUCUCUAAGCGUGUCGAAGCAUCUCACCUCCUCGGCGCCCGCGCCAGUGGCGGCGGCGCUGGCGCUCAUAUCCACCGCACAUCCCUCCAAGGAAGUGUGUACUGGAUGGCACCCGAAGUCGUGCGACAGACCGCGCACACCAAGAAAGCCGAUAUUUGGAGUUUGGGCUGUCUCGUCGUCGAGAUGUUUAUUGGUGCCCACCCCUUCCCGGACUGCAGCCAACUGCAAGCCAUUUUCGCUAUUGGCAGCAACAAGGCUCGCCCCCCUGCGCCAGACCAUGUGAGCCAGGAGGCUGUGGAUUUCCUCGACAUGACUUUCCACUUGGAAUACGAGCAGCGGCCUAGUGCUGAUGAACUGCUCCAGUGCGAGUUCCUGGCUGCACCUAUCGUAUAACUAGCGGUAAUUAUAUUUUUCUUUCCCUUUCUUCUUUCUUGUGUCUCCUCGAUACAUGUAUGUAUGAUUUUACGUAU